AUGACAGAUGAGUCAAACCGGGACUUCGAACGCCUGCUCGAAUUCUGUUCCAAAAAGGCAAUCGUUAUACACCCUUCGAUAAAGCCACGGAAGGUCUAUGGCGCUGGUCUUGGAGUAUAUACAAUCGAUCGCGUCAGGGCUGGGGCUCACCUUGUCCAGGUGCCUACCAAACAUGUAUUUACACCUGACAGUAUCCCUGAAUCAUUCAUCCCAAACUCUUUGAGAAAAGACUUAGCCGUUCAUGCUCAACUCGCUGCUUUCUUUGCCUUUGCCAGCAAGGACGAUCUUGAACAAUAUCGACCUUGGUUGGACACGUGGCCAGCAUUGCACGAUUUUAUUGAUACCAUGCCUAUAUUCUACGGGGAAUGGGCUGAGUACAUCUUACUGCAGCUAGGGAGAACGAAAGACGAAAUUCAUCCAAGACAGAACGCUAAGAAGAGGACAUCGAAGCGAAGAAAGAUUACUUUGUCUGGAACCUUCACGAUACCGCCCGCACACCCCACUGGCUCCGGCUUGCUCGCCAAAAUGACUGACAAACUGGUUCAGCACAUAAAGAGCGUCAAUAAGAUAAUGUCUCACCUCAAUCUAAUUCAAGACGACCUGAAACUCACAAACUUCCUUCACGCGUGGUGUCUGGUGAACACUCGCUGUUUCUACUACUUCUCACCUGCUACCUCUACACUUUCGAAGAAGAGCAAGCUCAAAUCAAAACCACCGUCAGACCCGAAUGAGGCAAUGGCUCUAUGCCCUUUCAUGGAUCUUUUCAAUCAUCGGGCUCCACCUCCCUCGAUCGAUGUAUUUGGCUCUCACACAGAAACUAGUACGAGCCAGGCACUUCCUUGCAAGGUCAAAUCAACAGCUGCGGGCUUCACAGUCACUACUACUUCCUCUACUCUCGCAGACACCGAAGUCCUUCUAUCCUACGGUGCCCACACCAACGACACAUUAUGGUCCGAGUACGGCUUUCUCCUACCUAGUGCCACGAAUACAUCCGAUUCAAUCUGUCUGGACGAAAUUGUUCUUGAAAGCAUGACAAGCUUAGAUAGGACAACGCUGGAAGAGCAUGGCUACCUCAAGAACUACAUCUUACAUAACGACGGCUCUAUCUGCUACAGAACCGAAAUGGCGUCAUGGCUACUGGUACUAGGCCGUCAGAAGUGGGCAAAAGUCGUGGCAGAAGGACUAGAUCCGGAAGACAGCUGUACUACACCCAACGGUAAAGAGAGGCAUGAAGAGUAUCUGCACAAAUGGUUGAAUAAGGUGACUCAUGCUGCGGAGCAGAACAUCAAGGUGUUGAACCAGCUAGCUGAGGAGAAGUUGUUGCAGAGCUUCAAAACGAUGAGCAUCGUGGCAAGCUCGUAUCCCGAAUCAGACGAGGAUAGCCUGAGACUAGCUAGGCAACGACGAGACAUGUGUCUAUUGAGAUGGGAACAGAUCAAAUCCAUGGCAAGUCGAGGUAUCAAUAAAUUCAAGGAAGAGAACAAUCAAAUACGUAUAUAA